AUAUCUAAAAUCUUGAUGAUAAGACUGCUAUAUUCUGUUCCACUUUCUCUGUGCUGUUCAACAGAGAUUCGUUAUGUAUAUGUAUAUAUGAACUUUUACGGAAUUACGAAAGUACUUAUUUUUAUUUUUAGUUGAAAUCUCGAGUAGAAAAAAAAAAAAUGCUCGAAAAGCAGUGUUUUCACAGUGACUUAAAGUACGACGAAGCUUGUGUUAAAUUAAGAAAUGAAGAUAAAUCGAAUGCAUGGCUUUAUGCGCUUUCAUCCGAUUGCGUUUCGUGUCCGUACAGUCGAGUAUCUUUGAUUUCAACCGCGAAUUAUAGCGUGAAAUUUAAUACUGCCAGAUCUAUGAAAUGGGCGGUACUGAACGUCGAUGGUUCUAACGAAUAUAUAUCUGCUAAAAAUAUCAGUACCGCGAUUUGCAAACUUUCACCAAAUUUAGGAGAAUACGGCAGUUAUGAAUUAUUAAUUCGAAACGAUAGUUGUUUCCUCAACACACUGAUACGACCAACCAAUUCUUACAUCACUCUCCUCAUUGUUUUCGGUAUAAUAGUAUGCUUUCUAAUUGGAAUAUCAUUGUCACGACAAAUAUGGCAAUUGAUUCAAGAAAAAUGUUUGAAACAUACUAACGAUCAGAUAGCUAACGAUCCUACGAAGAAACGACGAGUGAAAUCUAUCGACACAUUUAGAGGGAUCAGCAUUUUGUUUAUGAUCUUCGUUAAUAGCGGUGCUGGAGGAUAUUAUCUAUUGGAGCAUGCAACUUGGAACGGUUUAUUAAUAGGAGACUUGGUCUUUCCAUGUUUCAUGUGGAUUAUGGGAGUUUGUAUUCCUAUAGCCAUGUCCUCGCAAUUAUCACGUGGCGUUUUGAAAUUAGAAAUGUUUUUUGGAAUUCUUAAGAGAAGCAUCCUGUUAUUUCUUAUCGGUGUUGCAUUAAACACUCUCGCUAGCAUGCCGCAGCUGGAAAAAAUACGAAUAUUCGGUGUGUUGCAAAGAUUCGGUGUUGCUUAUCUUGUUGUUGCUCUGAUGUUUCUAUUUCUAACACCGAGAAAACCUAAAAAAAUUCAAAGUCUAAUGCAUCAACGAUUAAAGGAUAUAUCCAUUUUGUUACCACAAUGGAUCAUCGUUCUAUGCAUCGUCGUUGUUCAUUGCAUAUUAACGUUCAAACUUUCAGUACCAGGAUGUCCCACAGGUUAUCUCGGUCCUGGUGGACGUCACGAAGAUGGAAAAUAUUUUAAUUGUACCGGUGGUGCUGCUGGAUAUAUAGACGAUUUGAUCCUAACACCCAAACACGUGUUUCAAAACCUGUUGAUAAUCUCGGUUUACGGAUCUAAACCCUUCGAUCCUGAGGGUAUUUUAGGUUGCCUGACAACAAUAUUCCAAGUAUUUCUUGGAGUCCAAGCAGGAGAGAUUUUAUUGUGCUAUAAGGAUUGGAAGGAUAGGGUCGUAAGGUGGCUCCUAUGGGCGGUAUUUUUAGCUAUCGUAGGAUUUCUUGCUCACGUUUACGUCAUACCCGUAAAUAAAAAUUUAUGGUCGUUAUCUUUUGCAUUGGUAACGACUGCCUUUGCUCUUGGUCUUUUAUCAGCUUGUUACUUACUAGUGGAUGUUGCAAGAAUAUGGAGAGGUGGACCAUUUCGAAUACCUGGAAUGAACGCUCUUCUUAUAUACAUCGGUCAUCAUUUAUGCUAUCAAAUCUUUCCAUUUCAUUGGCGUAUCGGUAAUAUGCAAGGUCGUACUUUGGUAUUGGUAGAAGCUAUUUGGGGUGUUGUCCUAUGGACCAUCAUAGCUUAUAUUAUGCAUCGUAAACGAAUGUAUAUUACUUUGUGAUCUAACGUGACUUUCUCAGAUAGUUAUUUGGAUUUGGGAUAUAAAGUACGAUCGGUCUUUUCGGCUUGAUAAAUAAUUUAUUUUACACGACUUACAUUAAGUAACAUAAUGACAGUGUGUGAGGUAAUCGUAUUACCAACGUAUACUUUUUAUACGAAUUUGUAUUAAGUACAUUCUUUCUUUUAUUGUAUUUUUGUAAAUUUUUUUUUGUAUUUUUUCUUUUUUUAAUUAUUAUUAUUAUUAUUAUUAAUAUUAUUAUUAUUAUUAAUAU